AUGGUUAGUCUAGCCAAGUCUAAACGAGAUAAAUCUGAGUGGAUUCUCUUUGACCAUUUGAGUGAGAUGUUAACUUAUUGGAGGACACCAAAAGCCAAAGAGAAAAGCGAAAAAGCAUGUGCUUCUCGACUAUUUAACUGUAACGGUUUAGGUGCUCAUCGACACAUAACCAGUUCUAAUUCUUAUGCUAAAGUUCAAGAUGUUUUGGUAGUGUUUCAGUUUCAUUAA